UACUGUCGCCCUCCCCUUACUGUCGCUGGAGCUCGCCUGCUGUCUGUCCUCCGUGAGGGAAGGAAGGAAGGAAGAGAAGAGAGAAAGUGCGGGUCGGCUCCGCCGGGGGAGGCCCCAUUGCCAAUUGCCGCCGCCGCCAUGCAAGUCACGCUAAAGACGCUGCAGCAGCAGACCUUCAAGAUAGACAUCGAUCCUGAGGAGACGGUAAAGGCUUUGAAAGAGAAGAUUGAAUCGGAAAAGGGGAAAGAUGCAUUUCCAGUAGGAGGCCAAAAAUUAAUAUACGCAGGUAAAAUUCUUAAUGAUGAUACUGCUCUGAAAGAAUACAAAAUUGAUGAAAAGAACUUUGUUGUGGUUAUGGUGACAAAGCCCAAAGCAGCAGCGGCUCCAGCUCCAUCGCCAACUACAACGCAACAGUCAAAUGACACCACUACUACUGUUAGUUCUUCUACGAUAGCUGCCGCAGCCCCCAAACCAGCACCCGUCACAGCUCCUGCACCCGCACUGGUUUCAACACCUGUAGCAGAUCCUCCAACGCCAGCUGCAGUGACUUGUGAACCAGCACCUGUGAGCUCCCCUGUAGAAGAGAAAGUAGCAGAGAAACCCAUAGAGACACCAGCUGCCACCAGCACAUCUACAGACAGUACAACAGGUGAUCUAUCACGAUCAAAUCUCUUUGAGGAUGCUACAAGUGCACUUGUGACAGGUCAGUCCUAUGAAAAUAUGGUGACUGAGAUCAUGUCAAUGGGAUAUGAGAGAGAGCAAGUAAUUGCUGCAUUGAGAGCCAGCUUCAACAAUCCAGAUAGAGCAGUGGAGUAUCUUUUAAUGGGUAUUCCUGGAGAUAGAGAAAGCCAGGGCAUGACUGAUCCCCCUCAAGCAGCCAGCACUGGUGCUUCCCCCUCAGCAGUUGCAGCUGCAGCUGCAGCUGCAGUUACUACAACUACCACAACUACUACUACUAGCUCUACAGGAGGACAUCCUCUUGAAUUUUUACGAAACCAGCCUCAGUUCCAGCAAAUGAGACAAAUUAUUCAGCAGAAUCCAUCUCUUCUGCCUGCGUUGCUACAACAAAUAGGCAGAGAAAACCCUCAAUUACUGCAGUCCUCCCAUGCACCACAGCAAAUAAGCCAGCAUCAAGAACAUUUUAUUCAGAUGUUAAAUGAGCCUGUUCAAGAGUCAGGCCAAGGGGGAGGUGGCAGCGGAGGUGGUGGUGGUGGUGGUGGAGGAGGAGGAGGAGGAGGAGGAGGAGUAGCAGCUGAAGCCGGAAGCCGCCACAUGAACUAUAUUCAAGUAACGCCUCAGGAAAAAGAAGCUAUAGAAAGGUUAAAGGCACUAGGAUUCCCUGAAGGACUUGUGAUACAAGCAUAUUUUGCUUGUGAGAAGAACGAAAACUUGGCAGCCAACUUCCUUCUACAACAGAACUUUGAUGAAGAUUGAAAGGGAGAGACUUUUUUUUAAAAAAUAUAUCUCACACAUCACACCAGUGCAUUACACUAGCUGUUCACUGGAUUGUCUGGGAUAACUUGGGCUCAUAUCCAUGAUACUUGGCAUAUGGUCAGGGGGAGGGGAGGGAGAAGGAAAUAUAGAAAGGAUACGUGGAAAGAUAAGCACGUCUGUUCAAAAUUGGCAGAUGCAGCAGAUCAAAGUAUAAAAUAAUAUACAACCAAAAAUCAGCUUUUUUUGCAAAUACUUAGUUCUUUUCUUCUAUAAACUAAGUUCACCCCCCCCCCCCCAAAUGCCACUCUUUUAGUGUACUAGAUUUCAAAAUUAGUGUGGUGCCCUGCUUUUGUUUCUUUUGAAUUAACCUUGGUCUCGGAGAGAGCGAAGGCUACCUAGAAUUGGCAGUCUGUAUUUCAUGGUAACACUGGAUAAUGGCUUCUUGAAUUUAAGAGAGAAUAUAUUUGAAUAACUAUAACAGAUGCCAAAAAAUGGAGGCGGUGGGUUUCUUGCAGGUUCAGAUGUAUGGAACUGCAAGAGACCACUCUUUCUCAUGAAGUGCUAGAUUAAAAUUCAAAUUAAAACCACUUGUUUUAGAUUCUUGAUCAUUGAUUUUGAGAGAUCUACUCCCUAUCCCUUUCUUUAUUUCAAAAUAAAUGGAGAGGCUAUAUAUGCAGGCAGAAUCAUAUUAUUUAGGGCAAAUAAUGCAAGAUGACCUAAUUACUGCUUCAAUGUUGGGUUACAGUAUAGCUUUUUUAAAGAAAUAAACAACCAUUGCAUGUUUUGGGUUUGACGUAUCCUUUUUUGUGAAUUGAGCACUUUUUUGUUGCCAAUGAAGAAAAUGUAAACUCUCCAUCCUAGUGAAAGUAUUUAUGAAGAAAUCAGAUUCCAUCCUACCUAUAUUUCGUUAAAAUGAAAAAGAUCUGACGAAUACAGCUGCAAGUAUUUCAAAACUAGGUGUCUUAAAUGCUUGUAAUCUUAUAGUUUCAAUCUCUGGGACUCUUAAGGCUAUUGUCAUUUGUAUUGCUUUUAAAAAAGGACUGUAAUGCUCCAGUAACUUGCCUUCUCUUCUGUUUAAAAGCAUUGUGAAACUAUUUUGCUCUUGAAGAGAUGUUCAGAACAUGGGAAACUAGAUGAACAAUCAAAUUAUUGGAUCCCUAAAGAUUAUGCACAUCCCCCUUUUACUUCCUAUUAAAAGUAACAUCUAAUUGUGAA